AUUUUAAAUGUUAAUCAUAAGCACCGUCCCUUUAAUAUCGUCACUACAUAAAGGCGCUCGCUAGACAUUUGCACGACGGCGCCGAUUAGGCUUGGCGCGGGCCUGAUGCUAACCUGCUGCAAUAAGACAUAAAUGCGGCUCAGAAUUCCCAAACUGCUAUUUCCCCCAAUGAUGCGGAUUUCAGUUUCUCCUCAUGUAUCGUAUUAGUCCUAGACUUCUUUUUGUUUCACAAGCUGUAGUAUUAGCGUUUUUUACGUUACGGCGACGAUAAUAUGCGGAAGUACUUCAUUGACAUACUCUGGAUAGAAAUAUUUUUAAACCUAUGUAUGUUGUCAUUAAAUAUAAAUGCAUGUGUAGUUUCUCAUUAUGCAUAACAUUGAUAGUAUUUUUUUUUUUUUUUUUCAUUUUAUUGAAUGCUUAAAGUUCAAAUAUACAUUUUGUUGCAGCAAUGAUACAGCUACUUCUUGAAAACGGGAGCAGGUCCAUUCUGAAUAAAUGUGACGGGUUUGGAAGAACGCCGCUGCGCAUAGCAUGCUCUCAAAGUUCACCAGAAGUUGUCCAAUACUUGCUUGAGAAUGGUGCUGACAUACAAAAUGAAGGUUGUCUUCUAUUAACUGCAUUGAAUCACAAAUGUAGGAGUUAUAUACACAGAAUAAUAUCUAUGCUUCUAGAUUAUGGAGCGGAUGUGAACCAGUGUUCAAGUCGCGGAACGACCCCUCUGUUGAUGGCGGUGGAACGUGCUUCCUAUACGAAAGAAUCCUCUUUUUUUUAUGUAUGUGAACUAAUUAAGGAAGAAAGGAGCGGAUGUGAACGUAACCAACUCAAAUGGACAAUCCCCUCUUCACAUGGCGGUAAUUUCGAAUCAAGAAAAUUUGGUCAAAAUGCUUCUUGAUUGGAAAUAACUACAUCGACAUCCGUGAUCACAGGGGAUUUGUCGCAUUGUUUUAUGCCUGUCGGAAUGGUAAUCUAAAUCUGGCAGAGUUGCUAAUAGAUUGUGCAAACCUUCACGCUCACAGCUGGGAGGAUUGCAUCAUUAUCUAUGGCAAUGUAAACAAUGCUUCAGUUUUUAAAACAAUGUCCAGAAAAUCAAAGAAUUGCGUUCAACUAAAUAAAUUAUGUUUGAACGCAAUUCGGAAGAACAUUCAAAAUAUUAAAGGCAUCAGCAGUUUGCCGUUGCCUAUAUACUUAGUCAAUAAAAUCAUGUUUAAAUAACAUGAUUAACGCCUUUAACUUUUGAAGCAUUAUUUAAUUUAAUCGUUGAAAGAAGGUAUCUAAUUCUUACCUCUUACAUUAUGUGGUGAUGAAUUUGGUCAAAAACUAAUUCUUGAUUGGAUAUAACUACAUCGACACCCGUGAUCACAGGGGAUAUGUCGCCAUAUUUUUUAAGCUAUUUUAAGCAUUUUUAUGUCUAUUCCAUAUUUUUUAAGCUUUCAUCAAUAUCUAACUUUUCAUUUACGCUGCAGUAGUCGUUGUAGAGGGGAGUCACGCCAACUUUUAAUUCCUUGACUUUCUGUAAUUUCACUUCUAAUUCAACUGAACUUCCUUCGGAUUCCUUGAAGUUAUUCAAGAACGUCUCCAGUUUUGUAAUUUUGCAUUUUAUCACACCUCUAUGGCGAUUUAGUUCCGUUAAAUUAUCCAUUGUAUUUUUGCCGCUUUGAAUGGGCAUUUAGUUUUGCCGCUUUGAUUGGGGUCUUAUUUUAGCCACUUUGAAUGGGCACUUAUCUUCGUCCGAGACGGACCACUGUUUAUGGACUGUAUUCCACUAAGAGAUAAUUGUAUUUUCCCCCUAAGUAUGUACAAAAAAUGCCGCUAGAGGGCUGAGGUGCGUAGGUGUAGCUAAUGAUGUAACACGUUAGAUUUGGAAAUUUUAUGUUUAAAUAUUAAAAAAAAAUUUUUUUUUUAAUUGUCCCUUGGAACACUGAACAUUCUGCAGCUGCUACUUGCUUAAAUUAUAAAUACACUUCAGCUCUGUCAUAGCAUUGCUUUUCUUUUUGCUAAUAAGAAAUAUUAUCUUCAGUUACUGUAUAAGAUAUUGCAGAGUAUAAUAAAACUUGUAAUUUAUAAAAUAUUAAUGAAAUGAUAUUUUUGGGAAUAAAGUGCAAUUUUCUUUUUGUUCACAACUACCGUUCCAUUAAUGGAGCGCUAGGCAUAAUUGGGUUUUAACGUAUUACCAGAAAAAUAUUUUAGGUAGUUUUUCACUUUUGCCCCUGUUGAUAUUAAUAUACUAAAAUAUAUGGAAUAACGAAGUUGCACCUAGUCAGGAAAACAAAACAUUGCGAAAAUUAUUAUACGAUAAAUUUUUAAUCAAAUGUAAUUACUUAUUUUGGAAUUAUAAAAUUUUCAUACGCAAUUAA